AUGUUUGCGCGAUCACGGAUACAGUUUGCGCGAUCACACGGCGUGCGGUCCUUCUUUUCGUUUGGCGAAAAGAGACCAUCUAAUGCACUUGUUAAGCCAUCCUUCUGGAAGCGAACAAAACAGCACCCGUCAACACCUUUCAUCAUUCUCUGGGGCAUUGUUGGAUCACAGGCAAUUCACCUCAUCACUAUCCGCAACUUCCACAAGGACCUCACGGCUAAGGGGAAUGCAAGAAUAAGUGCUCUCAGAGAUGUACUGGAACGUUUGAAGCAGGGCGAGGAGGUUGACGUGAAAAAGGAGCUGGGAGCUGGUGUACAUCAUGUGGAACAAGAAUGGACAGAUAUCCUCAAAAACAUUGAAGAAGAAGAACGGGAGUGGCAGCGCAAGGCCGAGGAGAUCAGAUCACGGAAGGCUUCUGAAUCUACCAACAGCGCUGUUAAGCAGACGACACAGGCUCAGCCAGCGGAGACAUCUAGGGGAAAGACGCAAUUGGUCUUCUGA